GUACAAAAAGUCUCAUUAAUAUACAUAUAUAAACAUACAACCUAUUUAUUUAUUUUUUAUCCUUUUCCUUGCUUCCAAUAUAAUGUCAAUCAUCACAGGUGGUCAUGAGGGUGUGAGCUUAUCUUCAGGGAAUAAUAAUAUUACUGCUAAAGAAGAAACUGAUCAUGUAGUACAAGUCUCUGUUGGAAAACAAGAGAGAGUGGAGAAUUUCCAUGCUUCAAACUCUUUAUCUUCAACAACUACUCUUAGCAAUGGCUCUACCACUCAACAGCUUGUGCUUGAUCAAUCUCCCCCAGUUAAGAAGAAAAGAAACCCUCCAGGAAACCCAGAUCCAAGUGCCGAGGUUGUAGCCUUAUCGCCAAACACCCUGUUGGCCCGAAACCGAUUCGUGUGCGAAAUCUGCAACAAGGGAUUCCAAAGAGACCAGAAUCUGCAGCUGCACAGGCGAGGCCACAAUCUGCCAUGGAAGCUGAAACAAAGAAACAGCAAUGAGGUCAUCAGAAGGCGGGUGUACAUCUGCCCGGAGCCGUCGUGCGUGCACCACAACCCGGCGCGGGCGCUCGGAGACCUGACCGGCAUCAAGAAGCACUUCUGCCGUAAGCAUGGCGAGAAGAAGUGGAAAUGUGAGAAAUGCUCCAAGAAGUAUGCUGUUCAGUCCGACUGGAAAGCACAUUCCAAGACCUGUGGCACUAGAGAGUAUAAAUGCGAGUGUGGAACCCUUUUCUCCAGGAGAGAUAGCUUUAUCACUCAUAGAGCUUUCUGCGACGCCAUAGCCGAGGAGAACAACAAAACGACAGCACAGCAGCUGGGACCAGUUCCCUCCAACAUGCAGGGACGACAUCCAAAUUUACAAACUCAAAUCUCCAGCCGAGAGCUCAUUUCUUCACUCAUAAAUAGCAGCAAUAUUAUUAAUAUGCCUCCCACAAACGACAACGACAACAAUAAGUACCACGCCAACAAUAUUGCACCAACAGAUCAAGCAUCAGAACAUGAUCAUCAAGUACUAAGCAAGCACAACGGCAACAUUAUUCCCAGUCAUUUGAUCAUGAAAAAUCCACUCACCCCAGAUCAUCAUCACCUUCAUCAAUUGGAAUAUAGUCAAAAUGGUCACAACGGUUAUAUGUCGGCCACAGCGCUGCUCCAGAAGGCGGCGCAGAUGGGGUCCACCGUCAGCACCGCGAGCUCGGCAUUGGCGCCGUCGAGCUUUGGUUUGGAUGAUCAUCGUCAAUAUGGUCAAGGAUUCAACAAUAAUAGUAGUAAUAGUCUUGGUGUUUUUAGUGGCCUAAUAUUUGAUAAUGGUCACAACAACCAUGGUAAUUUUGUGAAUGGUAACGACGUCGUUUUGCAUGGUGAGAGUUGUGACAAUAUGGGAUUGGCUAGUGGUGGUGGUGGAGAUGUGUUGACCGUUGACUUCUUGGGGAUAAAUGGGCGAUCAAAGAGGCCAGGGAAUUUGAGUAACUUUCAUGAACAUGAGAAAGUGCAAGGUGUGGUGAAUCUUCAUGAGCAGAACAAUAAGCAAGCAGUACUAGAUCAUGAUCAUCAUGAUGAUCAUCAAGCGAUAAGGUUUAAUGGAGGAAUUGGGCAUUUGCAGGGCCUGAGUCAGUUUGAGGGGUUUAAUUACUAGAUUGCAUGCAUGAUUUUGAUUAGUGCUUGGAUUUUUGUGCCAAUAUAAUUAGUAAUUAAUGUUCAGCUUUUAGAUUUUCAAUUAAUGAGAAAUUUUAGUUGAUUAUAUUAA